AUGAAGACGAUUUACAAUGUCUAUUUCCUGUGUAGCUUCAUCACCCUGGGUGGUGGCCUCUUUGGCUUCGAUAUCUCGUCGAUGAGUGGUGUGCUGGGCACCAGCGCCUACACGAACUACUUCCAAGUCGGUUCCGGCCAGUACAAACAGGGUGCUAUCACCUGUGCGAUGCCUUUCGGUUCGCUCGUUGGUGCUCUGGUUUCGAGUUUCUUUGCCGAUCGUUAUUCGCGUGUCCUUACCAUUCAAAUGUCCACGAUUCUUUGGAUCCUGGGUUCUGUCUUCAUGGCCGCGUCCAAUGGCAUAGCCCUCCUGGUCGUCGGCCGUGCCAUUGCGGGUAUCUGUGUUGGCAUCUCAUCGGCCAUGGUGCCAGUCUACCAGGCUGAAGUUGCGCCCAAGGAGAUCCGAGGUCGAGUCAUCUCCCUACAGCAGUGGGCUAUUACCUGGGGUAUUUUGAUCCAAUACUUUAUUCAAUACGGAGCCAGCAACAUCGAUGGCGGCCCAAACAACCCUACCCAGAGCACCGCCGCGUUCCGCAUCCCUUGGGGCAUUCAGAUAGUGCCGGGCGUCAUCCUCUUUCUCGGUCUAUUCUUCUUCCCCAAGUCCCCCCGUUGGCUGGCAGGCAAAGACCGUUGGGAAGAGGCCAUCCAGGUCCUCGCCAAUCUCCACGGUAACGGCGAUAUCAACCACCCCAAAGUCCUUGCCGAGUACCGCGAGAUUGAGGAAGCCCUAAGAGUCGAGCGCGAACAAGCGAACUCCAGCUACCAAGUCCUCCUUGAACCACGCAUGUUCAAGCGUGUUAUCCUCGGUAUUAGCCUGCAGAUGUGGUCCCAACUCUGUGGCAUGAACGUCAUGAUGUACUACAUUGUGUAUAUCAUGCAGAGUACCGGAACCGGAUCGCCUCUCUUGACGGCAUCGAUCCAAUACAUCCUGAACACGGCACUCACACUGCCCGCGAUCAUCUACCUGGACAAAUUUGGGCGUCGCAAGGCUAUUUUGAUUGGAUUCGCCUGCCAGGCCGUCUUCCUCUACAUCGAGGGUGGUUUGCAGGCUGGGUUUGGCGCACCGAACCCCGGCACGGAUCCGAAACUUGACGCUAUCUCCUGGACCGUGGCCGCACAUCCCUCUGUCGGAAAAGCCAUUAUCGCCCUUUCCUAUCUCUUCGUGUGUUCAUUUUCUACCACAAUCGGACCCACCAGCUGGACAUACCCGGCCGAGAUUUACCCGUCCAAGGUUCGCGCCAAGGCCGUCUCGCUGGCGACGGCGUCCAACUGGAUCUGGAACUGUCUGCUGGCGCUGUUUGUCCCGGCUUUGCUGUGGUCCAUCAACUGGAAGAUGUACAUGAUUUUCGCCGCUUUCAACACCGCAGCGUUCGUUCACAUGUUCUUGACCGCCCCCGAGACCAAGGGUUACACACUGGAGGAGAUGGACGAUGUUUUCAACAGCGGAGUACCCGCCUGGCGGAAGCUUGAUAGAAAGAGCAGAUUGGAGGACCUCGAACAGGAGAUUGUCCAGGGCAACCUCAAGGUCUCAGCUCCCGGUGAUGCGCGCGACACUUCUAUCCCUGUUGAGGAGACUCCGGUCAAGAGUGGCUGA